CGAAGAUAUUCGCUUCGGAGACGCCGAUCGAUAAAUGUGUUCCUCGAUUCUUUGAUCUACGGAAACUUUCCUCUGCGGCGACGUCACGUCGAAGAAUUCGUACGUUGCUUCGAUUAUAAUAGUAUUACGUGAGAAUAGAUGCGAUGCGAGGACGAGUUUUGACGUUACGUCAAAAGCUCGACCGAAUUGAUCGGUUGGUGUUGGUAUGCGCGGUCGCCAAAAAUAUGCAAGUUAUUCGCCCCGAAAGACGAUAGAAAGUCCACCCCAUCCUCUCCCCGAUAGUUUCUUCUAUCCCAAACGAAUCUUCACCCUUUAAAUCGAGCAGCGUGAAAAUUUCAGGACCAUUAGAGUAUCUCGGCAAUACUCAGUUUUGGAAAAAAACCAAUGGAUAUAUUCAAUGACAAUCGAUAGACGAUACCGAAUCUCUUUACAACGCCAUUGCUGUGGAAGUUACCACCCCAAUCACCGAGAAGUCAACACACCUCGAAGAGGAAAAAGUGGUAUAACGCAAACAUUCGGAGAGGGAAAAAGAUAAAGAUUGCGUAGAUUCCGGCAGAAAACUCAGCACUCUUGAAGAGGGAGAUAAGGAGAAAUUGCCACAGCAAAAUUACAAGCGGAAAGAUGAGUGAAGGCGACAGUUGAAUUGUAAUAGAAGAAGGAAGAAAAAGAGUGAAAAGAAUUUUCGUGGUAGCGUUCAACGUAAGUGAGAGACGAAAAGAGAGAGAGAGAGAUUCUCUCGCGAUUCCGUCGCUAUGCAGAGUCUCGCAGACGAGUACUUGACAUACAAUGCCACGUCACACCCUUGGAACGUGACAACGACGACGACGACGAUACUAUGGUAUGACAAUGACACGUACUAUCACAACGGCACCAACUACACGGAUCUGGAGCCGCGUAAUCAAUUUGUGCUGCCAUGGUGGCGGCAGAUGAUCUGGACACUCCUGUUCGCCGGCAUGAUCGCAGUGGCGACCGGUGGCAAUCUGAUAGUGAUAUGGAUCGUGAUGGCGCAUAGACGGAUGCGCACCGUCACCAACUAUUUCCUGGUAAAUCUCAGCAUCGCGGACGCGAUGGUGUCCACUUUGAAUGUCACCUUCAACUAUACCUACAUGUUGAACAGCCAUUGGCCGUUCGGCACGCUCUACUGCAAGAUCUGUCAGUUCAUCGCCGUCCUCACGAUCUGCGCCAGCGUCUUCACCCUGAUGGCGAUAUCUAUCGACCGGUACAUGGCCAUUGUAAAUCCUUUGAGACCACGUAUGGGAAAGAAGGCAACGCUGUGCGUUGCAAUCGUUAUCUGGAUCGUCGGGGCAAUACUUUCUUUACCGAUGCUGCUUUUCUAUACCACUUACACCCAGAACUUUAUGAACGGUGAGGUCCGUGUCAUCUGCUAUAGCGAUUGGCCAAACAGAGAUGCUAAUGGGCUCAGUUACGACGAAUAUUUGUAA